GCUCUCUUCAGUUGUCCUCCGCGGAGCUUCAUGUGCGGGUGAGAAUGUCGGGAUCACCGAGGCUCGUGCAUCUCAUCACGGCUUUAUUCGUGUUUCUUUGCUAUAACGCAGCGGUGAACGGAGGGAAGAAAGCAAACUCUGACAAAUGCAACUACAAGGGAAUAUACUCGUCCAUCUCUGAUGAAACUGCUCGCAAACUUGGAGUCACAUUUCGAUAUGACAAUUGCUCUAUUAACUGGAAUCCAGUGGGUAAACACGCCAUCCAUGAGGUGAGGAACAUCACCUACAGUCAUCUGUCCUGUGACAGCCAGGCGGCCGUGGUGGUCCGAUGGAUGGCCAGUCCUCUCGGUAUUGAACACAUUCGAGGAUUCAGAGUAUAUUUGGAGGACAAAAAUCCUGAGGGAAAACAGUGUCAACAUCUGAUCCUCAAAGAUCCACGACAGCUUAACUUCUCUUAUAAAACUGCUAAGAUGAGCUCUCAACCGUUCACGGGUCUGGCCUUUGAGACGGACUACAUGGUCAGAAUUGUGCCGUUUCCUACCUUCCUGAACGACAGCUUCUUUCCUCCAUCAUUUCUCCGCACUAACAGUUGUGAAGUGCUGCUCGGUCCAGAUAAUCUCGUCUGUAAACCAUUCUGGAAGCCAAAGAUACUCAGUGUUUCUCAGCUGGGUUCUAAUUUGCAUAUUGUGUUUGACCACGCCCCCUCCACGUUUGGCUUCAGCAUUUAUUACCUGUAUUACAAGCUGAGACAGGAAGUUCCCUUCAGACUCAAACGCUGCAAACCUGAACCAAACAGUCCCAGAACUACAUGUGUUUUACAAGACGUCACACCAGGAACUUAUGCCAUCGAGCUCCGUGAUGAUAACAACACAACUAGAAAACAGACGCAGUAUCACGUGAGCCAAGUUCAUUCUCCGUGGGCCGGACCGAUCCGUGCCAUGGCCAUCACCGUCCCUCUGGUCAUCUUGUCAGCAUUUGCUACACUCUUCACCGUCAUGUGUCGGAAGAAACAACAAGAGAACAUCUAUUCCCACCUGGAUGAAGAAAGUUCAGAGUCUUCCUCUCAGACCACCGCUCUAAAUGCUGACAGGCCUUGGCCGAGACCCAAGAUCUUCAUCUGUUACUCUAGUAAAGAUUGUCCCAAACAUCUCGCUGUCAUCCAAAGCUUCGCCUUUUUCCUGCAGGACUUCUGCGGCUGUGAGGUAGCUUUGGACCUCUGGGAGCAUCUGGAGAUCUGUAAAGAGGGUCAGAUGGAUUGGCUGAGCAGACGCAUUAAUGAAGCUCACUACAUCAUCACCGUCUGCUCGAAGGGCCUGAAGUAUUUUGUGGAGAAGAAACACCGGAAGGGCAAAGCCACAUCCAAGGAAAAAAACAGAGAACCGUCCCCCGGCUCUGGUUCUGCAGACGCCAGCAGCAGAGAUCUGUUCAUCGCGGCCACGGCCAUGAUUGCGGAAAAAAUGCGCGAGGUGCAUCAGAAGACCUCCGAUCUGUCGCGCUUCAUGGCGGUUUACUUCGACUACUCCCACGAGAGCGACAUUCCCGCUUCGCUCAGCCUGGCCCCGAAAUUCAAACUGAUGGACCAGCUGCCCCAGCUGUUCGCCCGGCUUCACUCUCGCCAGCUCAGUUUGACCGAUCGCGAGCCUCAGCCGCCCAACGUCAGCAAGCGCAAUUAUUUCCGCAGCAAGUCGGGUCGGUCGCUUUACGUGGCCAUCUGCAACAUGCACCAGCACAUCGCACAAGAGCCCGACUGGUUCGAGAGGCAGCUCAUGCCCCCUCCCGCUCCCAACAAACGCGAGCACGCCGGACUUGAGAAGCUGGACUCUGGACUGGUGCUUAAUGAAGUCAGAUUAAAACAUCCAUCAGAGAGCGACUGCCAGGUUAGGAGCAACGUCCUCAUCCUGCCGACCGUGCCAAAAAUAUCAGUGAUGUCUCUCUCGGGUCCCUCCUCGAGCGCGCUGCAGGAUGAAAUCGGGGAAUGUUCAUCGAGUCGGGAAGCGUCGGGUUCACCGAGGCCCGUUCUUCAUACGGAUGGCUCGGCGAGCCCUCCGGAGAUGCCCAGAGACUCGGGCAUCUAUGACUCUUCUGUGCCAUCUUCAGAACUUUCAAUUCCUCUGAUGGAGGGUCUCUCACCGGACCACGCUGACAUCUGCUCUCUGGCCGACAGCGUUUCAUCCUCCUCAGGAAUCGGUGAUGAGGAGACUCCUACUGUCAGCUCAAUGCAUUGUGCAGAACCCACGAUAUGUAAGGCAGAACUUCAUCACAACAUCCAUUCGAGUGAAGGACUCAUAGCCGCAGCCUCUCUUUAGUGGCCUUUAUCUCAACUUGCAUUGCCACUUUAACUUUGAACUUAUUUGCCAACAAGUCUCAUCAUCAAAUCCAUUAUAAAUAAAAACAUGAACCCUUGAAUCUUCAUCAGGACGUCUUCAUCAGCAGACUGGAUCUCUAGGACUGCAGACUUUAUUUAACCAAAGUUGUUGUGUAGUUUGUAUGGAGUCUUGCUCAUAGUACAGCUGUGUGUUAUAAUCCAACAUCAUCAGAUUGACUUUAUAACCUUCAUUGCUUUGGUUUACAGUGCCUGUGGUCAUGAGGCAUUUUAAUCUUAUUUAUUAUAUUAACUCACUCCAGACGUGUGUGUACAUCAGCUUUAUGUCUUUAUAUUGUUUUACUGAAACUUCUUUGACUACUUAGUUUUAGAAGCAAAGCUGUUUUAUUUAGGCCUAAAUUGAUUUAAAUUAAAAGCGGUUUAUAUAUAAAACAGCACAGGACAGCUGAGCAGAAAUGUUUGCUUGAUCAAGGCAAGUACAAACUAAAAACUGAAACAUGUUAUUUUGAUAAUUUGUUGAGAAUGUGUUGUGUCUUAUUCAGGUUUUGUACAUUUGUUUUUAGAAUAUUAGAGAUUUUCUACAUUAUAUCAACUUUGUACUGUUUUAUAGUACUCUAAUGUAGGAUAUACUAAAGCUAAUAAAAACAAGAUUUAUAUGU